AUGCCAGCUGGGGAUACGAUUGAACAGUCACUCUCUGAGUCUCAGCUUAGAGAGGGUUCAUACGACAUGAAGUAUUAUGAAGACGUAUCUCUCGACGAGAAGAGGGGUAUCCAGCCGCGGCCAGAUGCGCCGACCGACGAAGAGUUGCAGACUCUGAGGAGAGUUUCGGACCACAUUCCCUUCAAGCUCUUCACCAUCGCCUUUGUCGAGCUGUGCGAGCGCUUCUCGUACUAUGGCUCCGUUAUUGUCGUGAUCACCAACUUCAUCCAACAACCUCUCCCAGCGGGCUCGACGACCGGCGCCGCGCCCAAUGGCCAACCCGGUGCGCUUGGGAUGGGCCAGCAGGCGUCAACCGGCAUCACGACCUUUAACCAAUUCUGGCAGUACUUCAUGCCCUUGUUCGGUGCCUGGGUCGCCGACAAGUACUGGGGCCAGUACAAGACCAUCUGCAUCUCCAUCGCCGUUGAUCUCGUAGGCCACUUGAUUCUCAUCACCGCCGCUAUCCCACCCGUCGUCACGAAGCCAGCCGGGAACUCGCUAUCGGCACUGCUCGUAGGCAUGAUAACGAUUGGUUUUGCCACAGGAGGUUUCAAACCCAACGUCAGUCCCUUGAUCGCGGAGCAGCUCGAGAUCGAUCACUUGACCGUAAGGACGCUCACGACGGGAGAGAAGGUGAUUGUCGACCCUGCCAUCACCAUCAACAGGGUCUACAACUGGUUUUACAUGUUCAUCAAUAUUGGCGCUCUGGUCGGCCAGAUCUCAAUGGUGUACGCUGAGAAGUACGUCGGUUUCUGGCUGAGCUUUACGCUGCCGACCUGCAUGCUGGCGCUGUGCCCCCUGGUCAUGUGGUGGGGAAAGGGUAGAUAUCGCGAUCAGCCCCCGACGGGCUCGGUUUUGGGACCGGCUCUGCGGACGUUUCUCUUUGCUCAGAAGGGUAGAUGGUCGAUUAACCCAGUCAAGACUUGGAGGAACAUGCAUGACGGGACCUUCUGGGAGAGGGUCAAGCCUUCUAACUUCUCCGAUGCGACUCGGCCAAAGUGGAUGACCUUUGACGACGCCUGGGUCGAAGAGCUGCGUCGUGGCUUCGCAGCUUGUGCCGUAUUUUCAUGGUAUCCCAUCUACUGGCUCUCGUAUAAUCAAUUCUCUCAAGCCGCCACCAUGCAGCUCAACGGCCUCCCCAAUGAUAUCCUCUCCAAUCUCGACCCCAUAGCCCUCAUUCUCUUCAUCCCGCUCUGCGACCUAGUGCUCUAUCCGACCCUCCGCAAGCUCAGGAUCCCCUUCACGCCCAUCAAGAAGAUCGCUUUUGGCUUCUUCACCGGCGCCAUGGCCAUGGUCUGGGCCUGCGUGCUGCAGUACUACAUCUACAAGCGCUCCGCCUGCGGCCAGUUCGCCUCGGGCACCCUACCCAACGGCGACCCCUGCCCUCCCGUUGACAUUCUCGUCUGGGCCCAGACGGGCGCCUACGUGCUCAUCGCCCUGUCCGAGAUCUUUGCCAGCAUCACCAGCCUCGAGUACGCUUUCAGCAAGGCGCCUAAAAACAUGCGGUCCAUGGUCCAGGCUGUGGCGCUCUUCAUGUCGGCCAUCUCCGCGGCGUUGGGGCAGGCUUUCACGCCGUUGAGUACCGACCCAUAUCUGGUAUGGAACUAUGGCAUCGUGGCCGUGCUGGCUGGCGUGGCGGGUGUGAUCUUCUGGUUUCAGUUCAGGGAUUUGGAUAAGGAGGAGGAUGCGAUGAACGAGUUGCCCGAGGGUCGUAUUGGGCAGGGUGUUGCUCCUGCUACUGAAAUGUCACGGAUGGAUAACAGUGGGAAGAGGGACUGA